AUGGCUUCGUCCAUUUCUGAGGCUCAAGCCGAGCUCAUAAGCUCUCUGUCGCCAGAUGACAUUCCCAUAAAGUUGCGAUGCGCAAUCUGCAGCAAGCUUGCUGUAAACGCUUUUCGGUUACCUUGCUGUCAAUCAAACCUCCUGCCCUCUUGCCCUGUUUGCGAGCACUCGCCUCUGUCAGCAGAGGACUGCAAUCCGAACAAGUCCUUGAGAACCACUAUCAAAGUAUUUCUGCGUACAGCCGAGAAGAAGCGAGAGGCUAGCCGGCCGAAAGAGACCGCGACCGCAGAGCCACACGAAGAGACACGGCCUCCUGGCAGUAAGGUCGAGUAUUCCGCUUCUGCAGUACCGCAAAUCAAGGAACGUCAUAGUGGUGUUCAUGAAGAAGAAGUGGGCACGCAUGCGACAGACAAUGUCGCGCCCGAAAAAGCGCAGCAAAACGAACAGCUAACACUUUGCAAGGUGGAUAUAUCUGGCAAUAGCGAAUUAGCAACGCGGGCCGAUUUUGGAGGCCUAGUGGACAGUGCGUCUGCAAAAGGCGGCGGUCAUGAGCGCGCAAACGAAGCCGAGGUGCGAGGAGAGAACGAGGCUGAGGAAGUCGAUGAUCAAGGCGGUAACGACGACGAAAAUUACGGAUCCGAAUCGAUGAACGGCGGCAUACCCAACAUGAUGUUCUCAGGCUCUGGUGACUUUAAUCAGAUGCAGAUGAUGAUGGCCAUGCAAAAUGGGAUCGGCAACUUCCCAAUGAUGAGCAUGCCGGGAAUGGGUAUGGACCCGAUGACGAUGCAGAACAUGUACAUGAACGGUGGUUUUCAAGGCAUGGGCAUGAACGGCAUGGGAGGCGGGUUUGGAGGAGGAUUUGGACAAGGCUCCAAUAAUAAUAACUGGAACGGUUCGCAGUCGUGGAAUUACGACCAGAGUAAUUACAAUCAAAAUGCUAUUGGCAUGGGCAAUGGUGAUUUUGGGAAUUUUAACUCGGGAUUCCAGACAGGCUACAAUCAAGGUAAUUAUGGUCAUUUCAAUGACUAUCGCCGCAAUAAUUUCGGACGCGGUCGCGGCCGCGGCCGUGGCUACUACGGCGGCUACGGUCGAGGAGGCUAUCAGUACAACAACAUGCCCAACUAUCAGAGCGGACAGUACUCGCAACAUGGUGGCAACGGUCAUCCGGGCCAGGGUCUGGUCGAGGCCCAUGGACACAACGAAUCCGGCAGUUCCAAUGUGCCAGAGAAUGACUCUAAGCAAGAUAACGCCCAGGAAGAAGACCAUGGAACAAGAGAAGGCGAAAAUGCCAGCGCUCCACAGGCUCAAUCUGACAAGCCAUUAUCCCGUGACACUCAGGCUGCUGAAGCGAGCAGCAAUAUGGCCCGCCAGGGCGAGUCAGGAGCCAUUCGUUCAGUCUUAUCAGCUCCAGAUGUGCCUAUCAAUGCCCCAACUGGUCCCAAAGCUAUGAGACAAGGGCUACCAAAUACUAGUCUUCAUCACUUACGAGCCAGAGGUUUCCAAGUUGACAACGAAUCCCAGCAACCGGUGCCACCCUCUAUGUCGCGCCCAUCGACUGGGCCCGCAGCAGCUACAUCCCGCAGCCAAAGUGAAUCUCAUGACCGUGAACAGGAUCAAGACGCUGCUGCUGAUGAUGCUCACGACAGUAGGGAACAGUCCAAGGAUUACGAGAGACGUGAGAAAGAUGACGUUGAUAGUCCGCCCCACAGCCGUGACCGGUCACGCUCCAGAUCAGGAAGAAGCACCAGGAGCCGUAGCAGGAGCGGCAGUCGAAGCCGAAGCCACAAAGGCUCGCACAGGCGCCGGCGACAGCGCUCGGAGUCUGUCAACGACGACGGCUACGAUGAAUCCCAUCGCCGGAAGAAGCAUCGCAGUAGCAGAAAACACUACGAGGACGACGAUGAUCAGCAUUAUUCCAAAGACAGCAAAUAUAGUGAAAAAUCCCGGUCUGUUUCUCCAGACGACUCUAAGAGAGGCAGUCAUCGUAGUCACAGAGACAGGGACUAUGAGAGCAGAAGGGAAAAGGACAAGGACAAGGACAAGAGUCGUGAUGACGAUCGUCAUCGAUCCCAUCGGGAUCGGGACCAUGACUCUUCACGCCGUCGUGACCGAGAUCGCAACAGGGAUAAGAAGGAUCGCAAAGACAGAGACCGCCACAGGGACAGAGACCGUGAUCGGGACCGUGGUCGGGACCGAGACCGGGACCGCGACAGGGACAGAGACCACAGGCACGGUAGUACCAGCAGAAGAGGCUCAACAGACGGCCGGUCAACACCCGUCGAACAACCCCCUUCUGCCCCCCGUGGCCCGAACCCACGAAGCCACGAGAAGACCAGUCGGGACAAGGGCAGCAAGUCCAGCACCCCCGUUGACCCGCAUACUCUUGAGCGCGAAGCCCGCAACCGUGAGCGCUUGCUUAAGGAAGCUCAGAGGAUGGCUGGUCUCGCAACCAUGGCCGGCUCCAAACGCAGCCGCGAUGACGGCGCCGACGAGAGCACAAGUCGCAAGGGCCGGAAAGCCAGUCGCCGCAGCGAGGCCCGCGACGGCGCCGACGAAGAGGAGCGCAUGCGUCGUCUGGAAGCUGAGCGGGAAGGUGGACGCUGGGGCUAG